AUGAGUGGUAGACCUACACUUAGGUCUACUCCACGUGGAGGGUUAGUUUUGCAAUUGAUUGAGAAAAAUGUUUUUUUGAGGUCUACCUUGUCGGUCUACUCCACGUGGAGGGAGAGAUUUUGCGUCAUUGAGGUCUACCGUGUAGGUCUACCAUCUGGUAGACCGCAAGUGAGGUCUACUGGUCAACGCAAAAAACUGAGGUCUACCACGGAAGUCUACCCGAGGAAAGUCAAACUUGAGUCAACGGCAAAACAAACUGUUUUCGGUAAUGGUUUGUCUAGCUUCCGUUUAUGGAAAAUGGUGGUGAUGGAAGACAAGUCAUGGCAUUUUGAGAUGGAUAAAGGAAAAGGAGGGAGAAUGUUCUACUUACGGGAUGGUUGUACACAUAAGCCUCUUAAUGAUAUGUUGGAUAUGGAACCAGAGCUGGUGGAAUUAUCUUAUCCAUUACCAGAUGUGAUGCUCCAUCAAAUGUUUUCAUAUGACUUCAUAGCUUGA